CACACACACACACACACACACACACACACACACACACACACACACACACACACACACACACACACACACACACACACACACACCACGUCUUGCAGUCAGUAAGGAGGUUGCUCUGAGGAACUGACACAAUGAAUUUGAGAUCUUUAACUCUGGUGACCGGGGUGAGUGGGUUCAUCGGCGCCCACGUGGCCAAGCAGCUGCUGGAGGCGGGUCACAAGGUCAGAGGCACCGUGAGAAGCCUGGAAAACGAAGCCAAAAUCGCGCCAUUGAAGAACUUGGUGCCAAAUUCAAAAUUCCCGCUCGAACUGGUGGCGGCAGAUUUGACUAAGGAUGAUGGCUGGGACAAGGCAGUGGAGGGGUGCGUGGGGGUGAUGCACGUGGCCAGCCCCUUCCCUGACGUCACCACCAAGACUGUGACAGAGGAGGAACUGCUGGAGCCUGCCAGGGAGGGGACUUUGAGGGUCUUAAAGGCAGUGGCUGGGACUAAGGGAAGUGUGAAGAGGGUAGUGCUAACGUCAUCCUUAGCUGCUGUGUGUGGGGAGGUGACGCCAGACCCCAGCAAGAAGUACAAUGAGGAAGACUGGACUGACCCUGAAUGCCCAACGCUGGAUCCUUACACUAAAUCCAAGGUCGUCGCUGAGAAGGCUGCCUGGGAGUACCUCAAGGAACUGCCUGAUGACGAGAAAUUUGAGUUAGCUGUCAUCAACCCCACACUGGUGAUGGGACCCCCGCUGAUGGAGUCCCACCGGUUCUCCACCUCUGUGAACAUCAUGGCUGGGAUUGUGAACAAGACCUACCCCUGGGUGCCCCGUGUCCAGUUCCCGAUCUGUGAUGUACGGGAUGUUGCUAAGGCACAUAUAAAGCACUCCCAGAGGCCGCCAACAACAGACACAUCAUUGCCACGGACUGCUACUGGUACAGGGACAUCGCAGUCAGUGUUGCCAAGGAGGUUCCGGCCACAGGGGUAUUCUAUUGCCACUGCCCAGCUGCCGUAUGUGCUCUGUUGGGUGGCGGGUCUUUUCAACAAGCCUAUGAGGAACAAUAUUCUGCCACGAAUUGGGAAGACUAUGAGUGUGGAUAAUAAAAGGAUGGUGGAAGUGCUGGGUGUGGAGCCGACUGCCAUCGACUGCACCUUCCACGACAUGGUGUACGCAAUGGUGGACCUAGGCAUUGCUAAGAAGGCUAAGAAGUACAAGCUGGUUGGCUCCCACGCAGAAGUCCCCGCAGUGAAUGGAGAAGUGGAGGAGGAGAAUAAAGAGGGGAAGGAGGAGGAGGAGAAGGAGAAGAAUGAAGGAGAGAAGGAAUUGGAACCAGAAGACAAAGAGAAGAAAGAAGAUGAAGAAAUCAAGGAACCGAAGAAGGAAGAGGAGGAGAAGAAAGACGACAAGGAGGAGGAGAAGAAGGAGAAGGAAGAGAAGGAAAAGGAAGCAGAGAAGUGAAGGAGGAAGCGGAGGAGUCGAAGUGUGGAUGUAGAUGUCACGAAGGCAAGGAUGUGGAUAAGCCUCAGUUUUGACGAGGAAUGUGGAGCGAUGGUGCACACUUAUAAAUAACACACACACACACACACAUCCACACAUCCACACACACACACACACACGCACAGAUAAACAUAAAUGAAGAUGAACUAUGGUAAUUUGACACACACAUUAAAAAAGAACGUUAUUUUAUUUGCUAGUGUUUUGUAAUGUGAUAAUUUUGAACUAUACUUAAAUACAUGUAUAGACAGACAGACAGACAGACAGACAGACAGACAGACAGACAUACAGACGCACUGGUAAACAAACUGUAAACAAACUAAAACAAGAAAAUAACACACACACACACACACACACACUCUAAUAACAAUAUAUUUUUAUUUAUUAGUUAUUGCAGAGAGAGAGAGAGAGAGAGAGAGAGAGAGAGAGAGAGAGAGAGAGAGAGAGAGAGAGAGAGAGAGAGAGUCAUUGUACCACGUCUGUGUGUAUGUUCGUACGUUUUUUAAAAGGAGUGAGCAGUUUUCAUAUUUUUUUCGUAUUUUUUUUUUAUUUAUUGGCAAAACAUGACAAAUGAAUAGAUGGUGAAAAUAUUUAUUGUUAUUUUGCUUGGAAGUGAUAAAAAAAGAAAAUGAAGGAGAUAGAGAAGGAAAAUAUUAAAAAAAGAAUGAAGCAGAGAGAAAUAAGAGAAGGAAGAAAUUGAAUAAGUGGAAAGAAGAAAGGAAGGAAGGAUUUAUAGAGGAGAGAAGGGAUAAAAAAUAAAAAAAAAUGAAAGGAGAGAUGGAAAAGAAUGAAAUGAAAGAAGGAAGGAUAAAAAAAACAAGACAGAAUAUAAAAGGAAAGAUAGGUAAUGUAAGGA